AGAAAUUGCAGUCGAGUCGGCCAUUAUUUGCUUGACUGGUGAGUGGUGCUUCCACGACGUUGUUUUGCUGUUAAAUCUUAAACGACUGUCUGUUAACCAUGAAUAGAAUAUUGGCUGUACGAAGUCUUGUCCCAAGGGCAGGCAAGAAUUUCUCUACCUCGGCAAGGACACAAAUUGAAAAUAAAGUGAAAGAAUCCCAAACAAGAUUCCAGGCACCUGAUGGCAACCCCAUCCAUUUGAAGAAGGGAGGGUCUGACUAUGCUAUCUACUCCUUCGCCAUGGGACUGACGGCAGUGGGCACUUUAUGGAGCUGUUUCUCACUCUUCAAGUACGCCAUGCCAAAAAAAUAGGAAGCACCAAUCCUCAGGACACUACCAACUGUGUGUAGAAAUAUGUCUCUCUUCAUUUUGAACUGCUUUUCUGUGUGUGAAGAUGACUUAAUUGUACAUACUACAGGGAUUCAAUGAAGUUUGACCAACAGCUAUGCACACCACACAGCGAUCUUAAACAACAUUUACAGAAUUUCCUUCAAGUCAUCGUAUUUUGGACACAAUUCCUAUUACACUUGCAGCCCCACAAAUUAUUAUGAACCAAGCAAAUAUUUUUCCUAAUGAAAAUGAAUCGCCUUCUGCAGGGCUUUUGGGAAAGUUUUAAUUAAUAUAUUUAAUCUGAACGCAUCUUUUUCUAAAGGUGAAUAUAUGUACAGUUGGAAAUGUCUGACGUGAAAAAUAUAUAUUGUGUACCCACCUUGUGGACUUGAAAUUAAAUUAAUGUGAUAUAUAAAAA